AUGGUAGGUUUGGUAAAAACUGUCCAUGGUAUAUACUCCAUGUCUGCAAACUCUGGUAGUAAUGCUGUUUUUAAGCCUGUACUUGGGUGGUGUGGAAGGACAAAGAGAGAUGUUUAUGUCCUUACAAACCAGAAAGUUGGGAGCUUCAAUAUUGAGUAUGGAUUUAUUGGAUUAGCCAGUCAAAAUGAAGAAUUUUAUCAGAUCUACUUUGUAGAUCAGUACUUCUUUUUUUCUGAUACAGGUGAGAAAUUACCAUUCAAACACUUACUACCUUUGAAAGGUAGCUGCAAGAAGGUAAAUGUUGUAGUUGAAGAUAUUGAAGUAAGAAAAGUGCACAAUCAUCUUGUUAGUAAGAAAGUUCUCUUCAUUAGUAGCAAGCAGUGUCUUACUUUGGCUUGUGCCAAGAUGUUUACCCAGCCUCAGGAAGAGGAGGUGCCACUUUCUCAUGUUUGUGAUAAGAUUUCAGAUUCAGAAGGCAAACUUACAUAUAAAAAUAUUAGGAUACUACCAAAGCUUGCUUCAUGUAUCACCUAUGGCAUGUUUAAUACCUGUGCUGUUAUGGAUACAUAUAUAGUGUUGCACUCAAAGACAAGGAAAGUUAUUGUUGGCCUUGGAGACUUAUAUUGUGGUGGCGAGAAGGUAGAAAGUCACCUUCUUCACAAGGCUCUUCAUGUGGGGUGUGGUGUUGCAGCAUAUGCCAUAGAAAUGAAGGAGCCUAUUAUUACACUAGACUUUCCCAUCUCAGAAGUAGCUGUCUUUGCCUUCAUUGGUAAGAAACCAAUCCAGAGCAAAAAAAUUAUGGAUGACUGGAACCUCUCACCAGAAAAGGUUCUGUUGCUUCCUGGCAAACAGGAGGCUGAGACAUUUACACUUGUCAUCAAUGUAAAUGAAACAUUCCUAUCUGAAAAGAAGUUACAAGUUCAUCCAUCAGGAGCAGUAGCAGUCAAAGAGACAACAAAUGGAAAAACAGAAGCACAAAAUGUCAAGAAAGACAAGAAACCUAAAUCUCCAUCAACCCCACGGAAGAAAAACACUGUGCCACCAGUGGAGAGAGCAUCAGUAAAGAACAGUUCAACAGAUAAU